CUCCCACCCUGACGGCGCUGGAGGGCCCGGCGGCGGCCCACGAAAGCCAUGGCGCUGCCCGCCUGGCUGCACCCCAGGUAUAGAAAGAACACCUAUCUUUUCAUCUAUUACUUAAUCCAGUUCUGUGGCCACUCAUGGAUAUUUACCAAUAUGACAGUGCGGUUCUUUUCAUUUGGAGAAGAUUCCAUGGUUGACACGUUUUAUGCUAUUGGUCUUGUGAUGCGCCUUUGCCAAUCCAUUUCCCUCCUGGAGUUGCUGCAUAUCUAUGUUGGCAUUGAACCAAACCAUCUCUGUCCUAGGUUUCUGCAGCUCACAGAGAGAAUAAUCAUCCUCUUUGUGGUGAUCACCAGUCAAGAGGAAGUCCAAGAGAAAUAUGUGGUGUGUGUUUUAUUCAUCUUUUGGAAUCUAUUGGAUAUGGUUAGGUACACUUACAGCAUGUUAUCAGUCAUAGGAAUAUCCUAUGCCGUCUUGACCUGGCUCAGUCAGACACUGUGGAUGCCAAUUUAUCCUCUGUGUGUUCUUGCUGAAGCAUUUGCCAUCUAUCAGUCGCUGCCUUAUUUUGAAUCAUUUGGCACUUACUCCACAAAGCUGCCCUUUGACUUAUCCAUCUAUUUCCCAUAUGUGCUGAAAAUAUAUCUCAUGAUGCUCUUUAUAGGUAUGUAUUAUACCUACAGUCAUCUUUACUCAGAAAGAAGAGACAUCCUCAGAGUCUUUCCCUUUAAAAAGAAGAAAAUGUGAAGCACUGCAUUCCGAUGUGACAUAAGAAAAAAAUAGGCUUGUGGACUCAGCUGCAACAAACAACACAGGAAGCAUUCUGGUGGGUGCUACUUGACACAACCCCAUGACAUAAUGGUUCUCCUCAAGCUUGAGACAAAUCACAGCAGUCUGUUAACCUCACAUAUUUUCAAAACGCAUAUCCUGCACAACCUACUUUACCAAAGCUGUGGGUUUUAUAGAAGUUAAGUUUAUAUUGUGUGAAGCCUGAUUAUUUUCCUGUAAGGUGAAUGAGAAAUAGAUUAACUGGAAUGGAUUCAAUUAAAUUGAGA